CACAGUGUGUCAGGGCUGCACGUAGGGAGAGGUCAUUGCCGUGUUAUAUUUAGCUCAGAGUGAACGUAGAAAAGCUCUAUAACAGACGGGAGAGAGACGGAGGGAGGCGGAGGGUGAAGUGUGGUGUGGACGAUCUAACGGGGAGGAAUUUAGAGCUGAUUGACUUUGGUGGGGAGAACGCUGUUUUGAAUGUGGUAGGAGAAAAGACGCGAGUGACGGAGGACAGGGGCGAAAGCAAAGGCCGCGCACGGUUUUUCCUUUUCCGGAUAUCCACCUGAAACAUAAAGUCACCAUGCGUAAGCUUUACUACCUGCAAAAGACGGGGUUCCUGGCCCUGUUUACCAUGAUGGUGGUGAUGUCGGCUGUAUUGAUGUUUUUAUAAUGAGACUGUCGGACGAUGUGGGAUAAAGGCGGCUUUAUCCAUGGGCUGUCACGGAAGCAACUGAACCAGCAUUAACGUUUAUCCACACUCUUGCCUACCUGUAUGCUGUGUCUGUGCUGUCACAUGUAACCAGCCUGGCUGGAUCGACCAUCGGGAAGGAAUCGAAACUACGGAGCUACGACGAACCGUCUUCUGUAAAGUCUUAAGAGGAGUUCAAGAUGUCAAGACGACCGACUUACAGCAGGCAAGACUCCUUGUCCGCGACCCUUCAGGAGGCCUUCAUAAAAUACGACAAGAAGAAAACGGGAAAGAUGGACAUCCACGACUUGUUCCGAGCGCUGCGGAUGCUGGGACUGAACCCUACGGAGGAACAGAUCAUCUCCAUCCGCAGGGACAUCGAUGACGGGUCCGGGGUGGUCCACUUCGACGACUUCUGCAACAUCGUCAGGAGAUUAAUGUACCAAGCAGAGCAGGAACACGCUGCCGACGAUCUGAGAGUGGCGUUCCAAAUGUUCGACAGGGAAGGGUCGGGGUACAUACGGGCAACCGAGUUUAGAAAAGUGAUGACGACACUAGGAUACCGGAUGAGCGCGCAAGAAGUGGACGACAUCUUGAAGAUGGUUGACGUCACCGGAGAUGGAAUGAUCAGUUAUGAGGAGUUUAUCUCCGUUUUAGCAGCGUGAAUUCGAAUGAGAGA